AUGACAAUACCGAAGGAUUCCCCGACGGUCAUUAAAGUUGGUCAUUACCGAAGGCUUUUGCCCUUCGGUAAUACACACACGAUUUACCGAAGGCUUUUGGCCCUCGGUAUAUGCAUUUACUUGAUAAAAUCUGAAUUUGGGAUUUCCCUCGUCCAUUUUCCAAAUGCUUUUUGGGAAAGCUUCUCCCAAAUUUUCACUCCCGUCCCCGCGCCACCGCCACUCUUCCUGGGAUUUCCCUCUUCCAUUCACAGGAACCGGACGUCCAUGCACCACCGCCACCAGCGCCCACCGGAGAUUUGUAACCUCGCUCGCCUUAACCGCGCGUUUCGCGGCGCCGCCUCCUCGGACUCAGUCUGGGAGGCCAAGCUGCCACGCAACUACCAGGAUCUGUUGGAUCUGUUCCCGCCGGAGCGCCACCGGAAUCUCUCGAAGAAGGACAUUUUCGCGCUCCUCUCACGGCCCCUGCCCUUCGACGAUGGCCACAAGGUGGGUGGUGCUCUCCAGGAAGUGUGGCUGGACAGAGUCACGGGAAGGGUUUGCAUGUCGAUUUCGGCGAGGGCGAUGGCGAUUACUGGAAUUGAUGACCGGAGAUAUUGGAAUUGGAUUCCUACUGAAGAAUCUAGGUUAGAUUUACUUGUCUUUAAAGCUGUAUCACGAGAAAGAAGAAGGAUACACUGAUGAUAAUGUGUUUCUUGUUUGA